AUGCAAGAAAAGCCGAGCACGGUUGCGGCCUAUGCGGCCGGAGCCUCACUCGCCGCCGUCGCCCUAUUCUACGUCUUCGGGCCGAAUUACACAAUCGACGGCGACGAGUCCAGCGAUAGUAACCGGAAGAAGAGCAUCGUGGGAUUGUCAAACCUGGCCAAUGACUGCUUCAUCAAUUCGGUGCUACAGGCUCUGGCAGGCCUGGGAGAUCUUCGAGUGUACUUGAUUCGCGAGCUUCACCGGCGCGAACUGGACGGGCCAGAGAUCUACAACACGGUACCAAGCCCGGAUGAGCUGUCGCGCGCCGAACGACCGGACAAGCUGCGGGAGCUGCAGCAGGGUAUUAUUACGCGGGCGUUGAAGGAGAUGCUGGACCGAUUGAAUGAGCGUCCAAUUUAUAAAAAGACAAUCUCGGCGCGCGGGUUUAUCCAGGCCUUGGAGUUCGCGUUCCGCACGCGCAUUAGCCGUAAUCAGCAGGACGCACAGGAAUUUCUCCAGAUUGUACUGGAGCGGCUAUGUGACGAAUAUCAUGCUGGUGUUCGCGCCAGGCAACGCGCCCUCGGCCCCAUUGCCACGCCGGCUGGCUCGGGAGCAGUGGAGGCCGAGGCGGACGAGAAUGCGGCCGAGGUGGAAGUGCGAAUUGAUGACGGAUCACCCAAUGGUCUGCCUGCAAUAAUCGACAAUAAAUUGAAGGAGAUCGACAGGGAGGCUGGAUUUCCGUUCGAGGGCAAGUUGGAAUCACAGAUUGUGUGCCAACAUUGUCAAUACCAGUAUAAGCCGACCCAGACGGCUUUUGUCAACUUGACACUUCAGGUGCCACAGAAGAGCUCUACCACGCUCAAUUCGUGUUUCGAUGGUCUUUUGAAGACCGAGUACAUUGAUGACUUCCGAUGCGACCGGUGUCGUCUGCAACAUGCCAUUGAGCUCAAAACGCAAGAGAAGUCCAGAGCUUAUCCCCAAUCUGAAAAGGAGCGACUUGACCAGGAAAUCACGCGGAUCCAAGAGGCAUUGGAGUCGGACCCCGAGAAUGAGCUAGAAGGCAUUGUGAUGCCACCGGCAGAACUCGCCCCGAAGCGAAAGAUUGCUCGCCAUAUGCGUAUCGUAUCUUUCCCCAAAGUGAUCGCAAUUCACCUCUCACGCUCGAUCUAUGACCGCAACAGUUCCACCAAGAAUGCGGCAAAGGUAUCAUUCCCUGAGCGAUUGCCUCUGGGUGGGAUCUUAAACCAGACAUGGUACAAGCUGCUGGCAAUCGUAUGCCACAAGGGGAGCCAUCACAGUGGCCAUUACGAGUCUUUCCGGCGCAAUCACCUUUAUGCACCAUUCUCGACCCCCGAGGCAUUCAGUUCUUACGCGCAGAGCCGCGUUGCUAGCGAGACUCCCUCGGUGGCCCCCAGUCCUCGACUCGCACCGCGGAGUACCCCCGAGCUGGACGUGGAAGGCGAAAGCAGCAAUCUCUCCUCAACGACUUCGUCCACGUCGCUAUCAAACGUGUCCCCGGGAGCCUCGCAAUUGACCCCUCCCAUGCCCCGUCCUACCACCUCCAGCUCUCGCCGGUCCUUGCAGAGUACCAACUCCCGAUCCUCUACACCCCAGCCUACCUCUGGAUCGGACAGCAACCACAGCCCAGCCCCGGACCAAGGCCGGUUUAGUACCUCGUCUGCUCCGCGUCCUUCCCGCACUAUUCCCCGGUCUUCGGGGGAGACCAUGUCCGGAGUGAGUUCGCGGCUUCGACGUCGACGCAAGCCAAAUGAUCGCUGGUGGCGGAUCUCCGACGAAAAGGUUAAAGAAUGCAAGACGUCGGACGUGCUGGGGAUGCAAAAGGAGGUGUACCUGCUCUUCUAUGAGAUGGAGCGGGCAGAUUCGAGUCCCGUGGCUGCCGUUGGGCGACUUUGA